UUGUAUUUCAGUUUAAACAUUCCAGCAUUUAGAGGUUUUUUUUGAGAGUUUUAGUCUGUGUUUGAUGAAUGGAGGUGAUCAUUAAACACCACCUCUGUGUAUCAGUGGUGUAAAUAAUGAGGUAUUCAAGUCACCUCGGAGCCAAUUUGGACUGACACCUGAUGCAUCCACAACCACAGCCGAUGGAAGACGACGUCCUCGCUGCAUGCUGACAGCGUCCGGGAAUCGUCCCGACCCGAUGUCCGACCCGCCUCAGUGCUGCAUCUGUCUGGAGGGGUUCACCCGCCCCGCCUCCCUGCCCUGCGGUCACUGCUUCUGCCUGAGCUGCAUCGGCGAAUACUGGAGGAUCAACGGGGCCUGUCGGUGCCCGCUGUGCAAGGCCAGUUUCCCCACGAGGCCGCCGCUCGACGCAGCCCAGGCGCCCGGCGCCCCCACCGAGGAGGAGGAGGAGGAGGAGGAGGAAGAGGAGGAGGCGCCUCUGAAAGCCGGAGAGGUGCCCUGUGACCUCUGCCCCGCGAAGCGCAGGGCCGUCAAGUCCUGCCUGGUGUGCCUGGCCUCGUACUGCGGCGCCCAUCUGGAGCCCCACUACCAGAGAGAAGACCUCGGGCGCCACCUGCUGAUCAACGUGGUGAAGAACCUGGAGGAGUCCGUGUGCGGCCUGCACGGCAAGCAGCUCAACAAGUUCUGCAGGAGCGAUCGGACGUGCAUCUGUGCCGUGUGUGUCCAGACGGAACACAGGGGCCAUCACAUCGUCUCCGUCCACAGGGAGGCCACCAGGAUGAAGGUGAAACUAAAAUGGAGAAAGGCGAAACUUCAGCAAGCGAUCCAAGAGCGACUGAGCGAAGUUGAGAAAAUUGAGCUCUCCGCCGGCCUCGGGGGUCAAGACCCCAGCGCGGAACGGGCUCAGAGCAAAGAGCUCAUCGGGCGGCUGGAGGAGGGAAUCUCGGCGCUGCAGAGCAGAAGCGCGGAGCUGGACCAGAUCUCACGCGCCGAGGACGACCUCCGCCUCCUACAGACGUUUCUACACAGCUCCUCGUGGACUGACGCCUUUGACCUGAAAUAGUUGUUUUUGUGGGUCGACGGAUCAGCGGCUGCAAAACAAAUAGUUCAACGCUCUGGAAAAUACCCUUCGAAAGUAAACAGUUUGGAAAAAC